UUCCACUGAAGCCCAGAAGCUUCGAGAAAAUAAACAGAUCCUCUCUAAAAUGGAGACUCCGUUCCAAAUAGCAGUUGUUGUCUCAUCUCUCUUCACCCUCAAUCAGGUGAGAUGUCGGCUUAUGAAAAUGUUGUUGCUGGAAGGUUAAGACUAAAGGGCAAAGCUCUAGGUGUGAAAUCUAGUGGGAUAAAAAAGAAAAAGAAGCACAAGCAUCAGUAUGAUCUUGUGACUCAAGUGACAGGUGGAAACAACGAAUUGACCAGAAACCAACUUGAGGACGAUAUAGAUGAGAGUUACCUUGACAGUGGGAGGAAAGAGCAAGGGACAAAGAAUGAUGAUCAUCUCACACCAGCAGAGAGGAAAUACCUUGAGCUUUGGGAGAAAAUUAAUAUCAAACGACUGGCAAAAGAAGCCACGAAAUCCCACCGCGAUAGAAUUCAAGAAUUUAAUCAGUACCUAGCUAAUCUUACUGAGCAUUAUGACAUUCCUAAGGUUGGUCCUGGUUAAGAUAAACCAGCCUUUGGAAACUCCAUUUUUUUCUUUCUGUCUAAUCAUCUUCUGCAUCUAUGGAAGUCUUGAAAUCAAGUCGAUUUGCGCUGUAGCUGGACAUUUCUGCUUGUUUCUGGGCUCGAUACGUCGUUAAUUUUGAUAUGCCUUGCUUCUUAGAGAAGUCGUAUUGCCAGUUUUCUGUGAUCCAACUGGUUGUGUCAUGGAUGGACUGCAGUCUCUUUUCAAUUGUUUUACAUAUCACCCUAACCUAACCUAGGCAAAAGUGGUAUUUGUAUAAGUUUUGUAGUAUUAAAUACUGUUUGGUUACCAUUUUCCUUUUCUAUUCAAAUUUGCAGAAAUGUUUAUACUA